UAUGGUGAAACUAGAGGAUGCUAUCCGCUAUAGCUAUGGAUUUUUCUACAUCAUAUUCUCCUUGGGUGCCAUGUACUUCGCCAUGUUGUUCAUCAGCUGGAACUUAGAAAACUCAGUAAGCAAUGCCUUUAACAGGUCCUUGGAAAGGAAAUUAAACGCCAGUGCCCCGUUGUCGAUGUUUGAUGAUAUCCAGUUUACGAAGUUGAACCCGGGACAUUUUGUGCAAGUUUUACACUUCUCUUUGAGAUCUGCACGGAGUUUUGUGAAGACGAAUGGAGUUGGCAAUAUGGGAUCUCGGGGCUGCUGCCGAAACCUUUGAACCUGGAGCUGUUUUCGCGAAAGAAAGUCAUAGGUGCUUUGCAUUUGAGUCUUUCGUGUGUAUGACAAUGUUGAAGGCUUCAACUCCCAUGAUUUUGGGCUCUCAACAGAUUCUCCCACAACAAGACUCCACCCCGAGCAGUAUUUCAACGCAUUCAAGAACCUGAAAUCUGCUCACCCAAAAUCAAUUUUAGAUCAAAACCCAAACUCUUGUUUUGCUAAA